CAAUCAAAAAAGAACAAAUGGCUAUUAAGCUAUGCGAUUCCUGCAAGUCAGCAAAGGCAACACUAUUCUGCCGUUCUGACUCAGCUUUCCUCUGUAUCACCUGUGACUCCAACAUCCACGCAGCUAACAAACUCGCCUCCCGCCACCACCGCGUCUCACUUUGCGAAGUUUGCGAGCAAGCUCCAGCUCAUGUCACCUGCAAAGCUGAUGCCGCCGCUCUCUGCGUCUCCUGUGAUCACGACAUCCACUCCGCUAACCCCCUGGCUCGCCGUCACGAACGCAUCCCUCUAACCACCUUCCAUCACCACAACAACAGCGAACAACAAUUCUUCCCCGAAUCCGAUCCCGAUGCUGAUGUCAGCACCGAAGAAGCCGAAGCUGCUUCUUGGCUCCUCCAAACUCCUUCCAACCCUAAAUUCCCCGAUCUCAACGCCUCGCACUACUCAUUAAACGAAAUCGAUGCUAUCGAUGCUACCGACCUCGAUUUCGUAUCCGUCGACACUAAAACAGACAUACCGGAGCAACAAAGUCCCGGCACCGCAGACGGUGUCGUACCGGUGCAGUCUCAGAACAAAACCGCCACCGAACACUACUCCGAUAUCAACAUCGAUUUCUCAAACUCCAAACCUUUCACUUACAGUUACAAUCACAACGUAUCGUCACCGUCGAUGGAGGUUGGAGUUGUACCGGACGGGAAUACGGAGAUAUCUUACUGCGGUUACCGGAGUACGGCGACGGAGGCGGUGGUGAUGACGGCGGCGGAUAGAGAAGCUAGAGUUAUGAGAUACAGAGAGAAGAGAAAGAAUCGAAGGUUCGAGAAAACGAUUCGUUACGCUUCGAGAAAAGCAUAUGCAGAAACUAGACCUAGAAUUAAAGGAAGGUUCGCGAAACGUUCUGAUUUGAAUGUCAAUCUAAUUGCAGAAGAUGAAUACGGCGUCGUUCCGUCUUGUUGAAUGCUUUCUUUAAGUUUUUAAAUUUCAAUUAAUAAUUAAUAAUAAUAUUCUGGAGUAUAUAGUAUAGUAUAGGCUCUUGAAUUUCAUUAACACGUGAAUUAAUGAUUAUAAAAAAUAUGAUACUAUAGUAUGUAAUGUAAUCUGAUUUUAUGUAUAUGUUGUUUAUUUUGGUCAGGAGUGUAUGUUUUAUGUAUAUAUUUUUUGGUCGGGUGGAUGGGAAGGAUAUGGAGUAUGUAAUGUAUGUUAAUUUCAUGAAGUUUGAUGUUGUAAUUGUAGUGAAUGUUAGUAAUCAAUGAAUUUUAUUGCAAA